GAACAAAUCGCUUUGUGAGAUAAAGAAGAGCUGCUGGUCGGCAUCAGUUUUUAUUGUUAUUGACUUUUUAAAACUCACUCUGCUUUUUUUUUUUAAACGUGCUUAUUUGUUUAGCACAGUCUCCUCGUUUGUGACGCUAAUGUACCGCUUGGUUUGCUAACUGUCAGUAAAGGCUACCAAAAGAAGAAGAGGAGACGGUUGAUAACCUUUCGCCUUUGACCCUUUGUGCUGGCAGACGGACGGGGUACGUGAGGACGCUGGAGGCCCUGUGAGCGCCUCUGCUAAAAUGAGACCAAAAACAGGUGUGGUGUCAGUCACCGGUGGGUUGAUGAAUGCAGAUAUGUAUCUCUAGUGGCGCAGCACUGCAACAGUUGACGUAAUGCAACAGAAAGGUGCUAUCCAAAUAAUUGAAUGGGAAGACCUGGACAAGAGGAAGUUCUACUCUCUGGGUGUCUUCAUGACAUUGACCACCAGGGCCACGGUCUACCCAGCCAGUCUCAUCCGUACCCGUCUGCAGGUGCAGAAGGGCAAAACGCUAUACACAGGCACCUUCGAUGCUUUCUGCAAGAUUUUACGUGCGGAGGGAGUGCAAGGCCUCUACCGUGGCUUCAUGGUCAACACCUUGGCGUUGAUCGCAGGACAGGCAUAUAUCACCACUUAUGAAUUGGUGCGCAAAUACGUGUCUUUCUACUCACCCAGUAACACGGUAAAGUCCCUGGUGGCAGGAGGGUCAGCGUCCCUGGUGGCCCAGACCAUCACUGUCCCUAUAGAUGUGGUAUCUCAGCACCUGAUGAUGCAAGGGCAAGUGGGAGGAAACCUGAAUCGCUUCAAAGUCAAAUCCAAAAUGAUGCUUGCACCAACAAAACCCAAAGUGACUUUUGGGCAAUCCCGUGACAUCACCAUGCAGAUAUAUGCAGCUGAUGGUUUCCGAGGAUUUUACAAGGGCUAUAUAGCGUCACUACUCGCAUACAUCCCAAAUAGUGCGCUCUGGUGGCCGUUUUAUCAUUUUUAUUCAGAACAGUUGUCCUUGUUGGCGCCGAGUCAAUGCCCUCACCUGAUUCUGCAGGCUUUUGCAGGGCCAAUGGCAGCAGCAACCGCUUCCACUAUCACAAACCCCAUGGAUGUGGUUCGAGCCAGAGUUCAGGUGGAGGGAAACUCAUCUAUCAUUGAGACGUUCAAACAGUUGCUCAGAGAGGAGGGUGUCUGGGUGAUAACUAAGGGACUGUCUGCCCGCAUCAUUUCGUCCAUGCCCACGUCUGUGCUCAUUGUGGUGGGAUACGAGACUCUGAAGAAACUGAGCCUGCGGUCUGAUCUGAUUGAAACGAGACACUGGUGAAAAGCUGGUUAAGUCCGAGCGGCAUCAUACUCUGCCUCAUCUCCAAACACGCACAAAGUGGCCGACAGGACCUGAUUCAAGUCUGAGUGCAUCUUCUGUCAUUUAUUCAAGCAGGAACAAUGCUGCAGCAGCAGUGUGCACUGAGGGACGUUUCACUUUAAAGGUCUAAUCUUGACCUUUUGUCUUCUGGCCAUACGUUAGCACACUGAUAUUGGAAACAUGUAAAUAUAAUAAUAAAUUUAAAUGAACACUUUACAUCACUUUUUGUGAUUGGUCCAACCUAUUUUAACAAAACAGAAUGACUAUUUUAUGAGUAUAUGACUGAAACAGGAAAGGGAGUUUAUUUUUGUUUAAGUGACAAAUUAGAGUGUAUUUCUUGCUGUAUUUUUUUUCACCAAAGUCUGUGGAGACGGGUGCGUUGCCUUAAUAGGAGCUUGUUAUGCCAUAAUGCAUUCCAAUGGAACGACCUUCCCGUGCAGUUUUAGGUCUCAGUUGUGUCCACAUAAUGGUUACAGUGAAAAUUUAAGCUCUUUCUUCUGUCUAAAAUGUAAGGAUGCAUUUGAUUAUAGAAUGUCCUGCAAAUGUACAUUAACAAAAACCCAUAUAUCUUUGAAACCAUCUGUAAAGCCUUACCCAAAUUGGUGUAUUUGUUUUCAGUGCUUUUGUAAUGUAGCAGAAUCCUCAUCUGUGAGGCAAGAAGACCUCACUUAAACUAUUCAAAAAUCAAACUGCAUAUGGUUCUGUAGCUGAGGACAAUCACGGGAUCAUUUCUCUUUGCAUUUAGUAUGGAUUUUCUGUCUUGUGUAAUUGUGUAAGUGGCCUGCACAAAACAAAGCAGGACUUGGCAGAAAAAAAAGAUGAGAUGCUGACGUACAAGAGGUUUAAAUCCACAUUACUUUGGGGGGAAAAUGCAGAAAAUCCUGAUUUGAAGAUUGAGUGUUGUGACUCUGUUUUUAUUCAUGUGCCAUGUCUGUGUUGUUUAUGGUCAAACAUUUGCUCUUGCUUACAGGGAGAGCCACUGUAAUCACUUCUGCUGUAAUAAUAGAGGCACCAACACACACACACACACACCAGCAGAUAAUGUCAAACCUGCCAGCAGACGUUCAACUGAAUUUCUACUGCAUGAGUACAGUUCUGGUCAGAAUCAUUGGGUUGUAAUUAUUGGUACUCCUGAAUUUUAGAUACAGAAUUUUAAAUAUGUUCAGAAAUAAUUACAAAUUAAAGAAUUUUGUAUAACCAGAAUAGUUCCACAAAAAAUGUUUCAUAGUGGAGUGGAAAAUAGGAGCCAUCAGACCUAGGCAUUUGAAAAUGUAAGAAACAACCUAAAUUUCAGGUUGUUUUACCUUCAAAACCAUAUAUGUAAAGAGAGAAGGAAGAAGUGUCUGCUUCACCUACAUUGAUGCAAAUUUUUUUCUGCUGGAUUGUGUGGACUUUUGGCUUUCAUUAGUUUUAGAAUGUAAGCACUCUUGAUAUAUUUCUCUUAGUACAUUUCUGUAGUGAAAUCUCCCUUACAUCAUUUACUUUUUCUGAUUGUUGAAAAUCAUACAAAAUCCUUUCCACUGGGUUUUUAAGAACAUAGCUGCUAUAAAACAAUCAGGAACUUUAUUCGUCUGUGUGGAAACAGUUUCUCACUCACAACCAUAACCACUUCAAAUAAUCAUCAGUCCAGCAUCCACUAACCAUCCAGCAGGUGGCAGACAUGUACAUGGAAUAUUACAUCGGCAUAAAGUUUUGUCGAUUGAUCGGGUGCAUCAAAGUUCAUCAGAUCUUAAUGAGUUUAUCCUCAGUAUAUCCUUUCAGGUGAUAGUAUUUUUUAUUUGUAGUCUUUUAGUGAGUGUGUUAACCACCUGGAGGGGUUUGACCCGUUUAGUCAUUCACUGCAUUUUGCAGAUUAUGUGCCUCGUCUUUUCCAAAGCAGAGGAAUGAUUCACAUCUGUUCCACUUCACCAUGAAGCUGUUACAUUUUAUAUUUUAUUCUACAAAGUUGGUUAAUUUGCAUUAUUUCUGGACAUUCUCUGCUUAAAAUUCAGGGGUGCCAGUAAUUGUGACCAAGUCUUGUGUGAUUAUUUUUAAUGAUCCACAGUGUGUUUAGUGACAUGUAAAUACAUCUGUGUAUAGCUUUUACAGUUUAGCACUGCCAGUAAACAUUUGAAUGAAAUCUUUAA